AUGGAGGAGCAGCAAACAAUGAAGAAUCUGCAGCAGCAGCAGCAGCAGCGACAAGCGCAGCAGCAGCAGCAGCAGACACUUCUACAACUCCGGUGGGCUAUACUGGGCGAGCUAGCGGGACAGCAGACGCCGCCACAGCAGCAAGAGCAGCAGCAGCAGCAGCAGCAGCAGCAGCAGCAAGAACGAAUGGCCACCAGUUUUAUUUCUGAAGGUCAACAUGAGGAGGCCCAACUCCAAGAGAAGCAGCAGCAGCAGCAGCAGCCAGAGCUGCAGGAGCAGCAGCAGCAAGCGGAGCAGCAGACGCCGAUAGGCGAAGAGCAGCAGACUCUUUCCCAGACUUCCGCACCUCACCUCCCACAGCAGCUGCAGCAAACGCCUCAGCAGCAGCAGCAGCAGCAGCAGCAGCAGCAGCAGCAGCAGCAGCAGCAGCAGCAGCAGCAGCAGCAGCAGUGCUCCUGCGCAGAGGUACUCUCAAAGGCACUGCAGCACGGGCCAGCUUCGUAUACACCCGCAGGGGUUCUUGCUGCUGUUCGUUUGCUGCCUCCCUGUGCGUUGCACUCCUAUGAGGCGGGUGCAGCAGCAGCAGCAGCAACAGCAGCAGCAGCAGCAGCCGAGCCAGCAGCAGAAACAGCAACUGCAGCGGCAGCAGGCACAGAAGCAGCAGCUGCUGCUGCUGAGGCAGCUCCCUUAACAGAGACCUCUGCCGCCGCACCAAGUGCAGAAGCUUCCUUGCUGGUGCAGCAGCAGCAACAGCAGCAGCAACGACAGCACGCGCAGCAACAGCAGCAGCAGCUGCAGCAGCAGCAGCAGCAGCAGCCGCGGCUUUCUGCUGCUGCCGCGCAGAACCUCCUGGCUCUGCUGCACGGUUUGCUGCUGGCGAUGCGGCGGCAGCGUGCUGCCUUUGGGGGUCAGCUGCAGCAGGCGCGGCUGCUGCUGCAGCAGCUGCUGCUGCUGCUGCCGUGCGAAUUUGGAGCAGAAGCACAGAAGCUGCUUGCUGCAGCAGCAGGAGACAGGCUUCGGCGCAGACAUGGUUCUGCUGCUGCUGCUGCUGCUGCUGCUGCUUCACCUGCUGAGACGGAGAGCGAAGCAGCGCCUGCUUCAGCUGGGGGGACAGCAGCAGUUGCGGCUGCUGCUGCUGCUGCAGUAGCAGCAGCAGCAGAGGCAGCUGCAGCAGUCGAGCAGCCGCCAAGCAUGCGUCAGAGGCUUCCACCGCAGCAGCACUUAGCAGCAAUUAGCGCAGCAGCACCAGCAGCAGCAGCAACAGCAGCAGCAGCAGCGACAGGUGGUCCAUCCGCAGCGUCAGCAAGGCCACUGGCCGCGACGCCAGCAGCAGCAGCAGCAGCAGCAGCAGCAGCAGCAGCAGCAGCAGUAGAUGCCUUCGCCCGUCACACGCCCAGAAGCAGACCCCUUUCUCUUAAUGAUCUAAGAGAAGAAAAUGCAAUUUCCCCGCAGCUGCAGUCAGCUGCUGCAGCGUUUGCUGCUGCGCUGCAGCAGCACCAGCUGCUGCUUCCUUCCCCGCUGCAGCCACCGAGCAAGGCCGACAAGCAGCAGCAGCAGCAGCAGCAGCAGCAGCAGCAGCAGCAGCAGCAGCACUCGUCGCUGCUGCUUGGAAGCUCGCAGAGUACUGCGGCUCUGUCAGGUAGCCCCGAGAUGAGGCCUCAAGACAGCAGUUUCCUGCAGCCUCCGCCGCAGCAGCUGCUGCAGCAGCAGCUGCUGCAGGAACAGCAGCAACGCCUGCAGCAGCAGCAGCAGCAGCACCUACUGCCGCAGCAACACCAGCCGCUGCAGCAGCCGCUGCUGCCGUUGCUGCAGCAGCCGCUACCGCAGCAGCCGCUACCGCAGCAGCCGCUACCGCAACAGCAGCAUGAACAGCAGCAGCAGCAACUGCAGCACCAGCAUGCUGGAGAGCCAACACACUGCAGCACACCAGCCACUGCUGCACCUGCUGCUGCUGCUGCUGCUGCUGCAUGGGAAAUUGCCUCUUCGGCAGAGGGAGCAGCAGCAGCUACUGACGGAGCAGCGGCUGCUCCCCACAUGCCUUCCCAGCAGCAGCAGCAGCAACAGGAGCAAGAACAGCAGCAGCAACAACAGCAGCAACAACAGCAGCAACAACAGCAGCAGCAGCGGCAGCAGCAGCAAGUAGCCAACACGCUGCAACAGCGGCUGCGCUCGUGUCCCUCUUUGACGGAAUUGAAAGAGAGAAUUGCUGCUCUUAGAGCUGCACUAGAAGGGCCACCUAAGCAGCAGCAGCAGCAGCAGCAGCAGCAGCAGCAGCAGCGGCAGAAGCAGCAGCAGCCGCAGCAGCGGGACCGCUAUUCAUCUGCUGAUAUUCUGCAGAGGCUGCGAAAGCUAAUGGCGCAGGAAGGACUGCAGCCGGCGCUGCAGCAUAAACAUCAAGAAGAGCAGCAGCAGCAGCAACAGCAGCAGCAGCAACAGCAGCAGCAGCAGCAUCCGCGGGUGGCAUCUCCGUUGUUGUCUUUUACCCCGUCUCUCCAACUAUCUGAAGAGCAGCAGCGCGAGCAAGAGGUGCAGCAGCAGCUUCAGCAGCCGCAGCAGCAGCUGCCGCCGCAGCAGCAGCAGCCGCAGCAGCAGCAACAGCCGCAGCAGCAGCCAGAGCAGCAGCUGCAGGAGGAGCUGCUCCAACCUGCUGCAGCUGCCCGUCAGCAAGUGCGGUUUGCAGUGGAGCAACAGCAAGAGCAGUAUCGGGAGGUGCAGCAGCUGCAGCAGCAGGAGGCGCAGCAGCAGCAGCAUGCUGCAGCAGCAGCAGCAAAUGCUGCAGCACGCAGCAGACGCCCCGCAGGCCUUCUCUCGCCGCUGGCUGGCGGCUGCGCCCCAGGGCCCAUUCCGCCUUUAAGAGAAAGCCUCUACGAAGCAGCAGCUCGAGUUUCUCUUAAGAGACUGCAGCAGGAGAAGCAGCAGCAGCAGCAGCACCUCCAGCAGCACAGCCAUCCCAGCAGCAGCAGCAGCAGCAGCAGCAGCAGCUUUUUGCCGCUGCAGCAGAACUCGGCCCAGGAACGAUUUUCUUCUUUUUGCGGCGGCCUGCAGCAAGCUGCUGCCAGAAGAAGCAGCGAGUUGCCAGUGCAGCAGCAGCGCAGCCCAAGAGUACGGACAGCAGCAGCAGCAGCAGCAGCAGCAGCAGCAGCAGCAGCACCUGCAGCAGCACAACGCACUGCGGCGCGGAAGGCGAAGCUGCAGCAACAGCAGCAACAGCAACUUCCCUUUUGGGAAAGACUUAGUCAGCCCAAGCGGGUUAACGCGGGACAGCAGCUGCCGCAGCAGCAGCAGCAGCAGCAGCAGCAGCAGCAGCAGCGGCUGCUGCAGCUCCGUCCACCCGAGAACGCAGUUCAGCAACUGCAGCACAAGCAGCAGCACUUGACUCCCUCUCCGCAACAGCAGCAGCAGCACAAAGCACUUCAGCAGCAGCAGCAGCAACAGCAGCAGCAUCGGCAGUGGCAGCUGCAGCAGCUGCAGCAGCAGCUGCAGGCGCUUAAGGCGGAGGAGCGGGAGCUGCACAAAGAGGAGCAGCGGCUCCUGGCGCUUCACCAGCAGUAUCACAACGAGCAGCAGCAGCAGCAGCAGCAGCAGCAGCAGCAGCAGCAACAGCAGCAGCAACAGCAGCAACAGCAGCAGCAGCAGCAAGAACCCGUGUCAGUGCGGGCUGGCGCCGCGCUGUCUCGAUACUCUCUUGUGCUGCUGCAGCAGAAAACCCUAAACCCUCGGCCCUCAGGGCUGACCCCUACUCUAGAGGGCGGGCCCUGGAUAGGGCCACAGCAGCAGCAGCAGCAGCAGCAGCAGCAACAGCAGCAGCAGCAGCAGCAGCAGCUGGGUUUAGAGACCUCUGCCGCAGCACAGACAGCAAAGCUCCCACAGCCCCUCUGUUUUGCUGCUGCUGACUUCGCGUCACCCCCUAAAAUUGAGGUUGCUGUCUCUCCUUCCGCCCAGCAGCAACUUGCUGCAGCAGCAGCCUUGGUGCUGCAGCGGCAGCGGAAAGAGCUGCGAGCAGAAGCAGCAGCAGCAGAUGCAGCAGCAGCAGAUGCAGCAGCAGCAGAUGCAGCAGCAGCAGCAGCAACUGCAGGGCUUCGACCUCUGGGGAUCCUGUACGGCAGACGACUGCAGCAGCAACAGCAGCAGCAGCAGGGCCGCAGCAGCUCCAGGAUGACUGGGACUGGCAGCAGCAGCAGCAGCAGCAGCAGCAGCAGCAAAACGGUGGUAGUGGUGGAUGCUGUGUUCCUUUUGCCGGAGGAUACAGAGGCUGCUGCUGCUGCUGCUUCUGCUGCUGCUGCUGCUGCUGCACGUGGCACGAAAAAGGGCUUCUGCAGCAGCAGACCAGCUGGCGCAGCUUCUCGGGCUGCAGCAGGUUGGCUGCCUCAUAUAUUCCGCUCCCCCGCAGCAGCAGCAGCAGCAGCAGCAGCAGCAGCAGCCCAGCAGCAGCUUCUUGGCUUCGCGGUCCUUUACUGGUGGCAACUCCCUGCUGGGGCAGCAGCAGGUGAGAGCUGCAGCAGCAGCAACAGCAGCAGCAGCAGCAGCAGCACUUCCGAAGGGAGGCAGGCAAUACAGGUGCGGCCACGCAUGCCUGUGAGGCGCCACAUGCAACCGAGCUGGCAGCAGCAGCAGCAGCAGCCAAAAACAGCAGCAGACGGAACUGGGACAGGAGCAGCAGCAGCAGCUGCUGCUGCUGCAGCAGCAGCAGCAGCAGAUGAGGUAUGUUUAAGAGAAGCAAUAAAGAUAGAGGGACACAGCGUUAGCUCUCUCCCGAUUGGCGCAGUUGUGGCUCUCGCCCCCAUCAGGCCAACACAGCAGCAGCAGCAGCAGCAGCAGCAGCAGCAGCAGCAGCAGCAGCAGCAGCAGCAGCCGGAAGCCCCGUUUUUUCAUGUUAUGGACGAGCAGCAGCCGCCAGCAGCAGCAGCUGAAAUGCUUCCCUCUGCUCAGCGUCUAGCUCUGCUGCGCGAAGCCACCAACGGCGACGCUCUGCUGCUGCUGCUGCGGGACCUCCCGCUGCUGCUGCACCUGCAGCGCCACUUGGCGAGGGAGCAGGACCUUCGGACUUUGUGCUGCGCCGUGCGAGAGGCAGCAGCAGCAGCAGCAGCUGCUGCUGCUGCUGCUCCUGCUGCGCCGAGCAGCAGCAGAAGCAGCCGCCGGCUUCCUGGCCCCCUUUUCAGGCUGCUGCAGCAAAUUGCUGCUGCAGAGAGGCCAUAG